CCGCCAAUGUAACCAAACCGUUACCUACGAAUUGUUUGUAAACUUUAAUGUGAAAGGUGAAUUCGGGCUAAUGUAGUUUUAGAAUUCCGUAUAUUUAUCAAAAAUGUCGGCCUUUCCUCCUAAAAAGGAACGAACUGGUGAUACCAUCAGGCCUUUUAAAUUAGCCCAUCAAAUAGUCAGCUUGACUGGGAUUAAUUUUCAACGUAAAAGUAUUAUUGGUGUUGUGGAAUUGACAAUUGUACCUCUUAAAGAUAAUUUGAGGGUAAUUAAACUGAAUGCAAAACAGUGUCGUAUUUACAGAGUUUCGUUGAAUGAUACUUAUGAGGCACCUUUUCAAUAUUUUGAUCCUUUCUUGGACAUUACCCAUGGCGAUGAAAAAGAGAGAUCAUUGGAGCAGUUUUCACCUGCUCAUUAUGCAGCAGCAGUACAGACUGAUCCCGAUAACAAUGGCGGUGAGUUGGUUGUUACCAUUCCUCCUGAAGCAUCGGGCAUCAUUAGUGAAGGAAGAAAUGUUCGCGUUAGCGUCGAAUUCUCCUUGGAAAACCCUCAGGGCGGUGUCCAUUUUGUUAUUCCUGAAGGGGAAGGAACCUUAGCAGAGCGAGGAGCACAUAUGUUUACCUAUUGCUAUGAAAAUUCGUCCCGUCUUUGGUUUCCUUGUGUAGACAGCUAUGCUGAGCCGUGCACAUGGCGCCUGGAAUUCACAGUUGAUGAAAAUAUGACAGCAGUGUCUUGCGGCGAUCUCAUCGAAGUUGUCUACACUCCCGACAUGAGGAGGAAGACAUUUUAUUAUGGUCUUAAUAUACCUGCUGCAGCUCCAAACAUUGCAUUAGCAGUUGGGCCAUUUGAAAUUUUUGUGGAUCCAUACAUGCACGAAGUGACACACUUUUGCCUUCCUGGGUUGAUGGAAAACUUGAAAGUUUCUGCUCGUUAUAUGCAUGAGGCCUUUGAAUUUUACGAAGAAACACUUUCCAAUCGCUACCCUUAUCCUUGUUAUAAACAAGUUUUUGUAGAUGAAAUAGAUUUGCCAUCACAUUCAUAUGCAACAAUGAGUAUAUUGAGCACGAAUCUUUUACAUCCUAGUUCUAUAGUAGACCAGACUUAUAUCACUCGCACAACAAUGGCUCAAGCUGUGGCCGAGCAAUUUUUCGGCUGUUUCAUUUCGAUGCAGAAUUGGUCAGAUGCAUGGCUUCCGAAAGGAAUCGCUACCUACCUCACUGGCCUUUAUUCGAAAAAAUGUUUUGGAAGCAAUGCCUAUAGAGAAUGGAUACAACGGGAACUGCAAGACGUCGUCAAGUACGAAGAGGACUAUGGAGGGAUUAUAAUGGACCCUAGCCAGCCGCCGGCUCCUCUUCCCAUCGCUGGUAACAUGCCAGCAGCUACAUCGAACAAACCUGUUGAUCCAGGAUUCCACUUUCCAAUUAGAAAUUUGUAUACGAUAUCUCCGCUCUAUAUGGAAACAAUGAGGAAAAAAGCUCAUCUAGUCAUUAGGAUGCUUGAGCACAGGAUCGGUUACGAAUUGCUCCUUCAAGUUUUGAACAAACAUUUGUCCUUAGCAUCAAACGCUUCAGUGUUGAAAUCAGCUUCCGGGCAGUGGUCACAUAUGCUUAUCAGCACCAACACUUUCGCUAAAGCUAUAUUCACCGUGACUGGUAAAGACAUGGCCGUUUUUAUUGAUCAAUGGGUUCGCACGGGUGGACAUGCAAAGUUCCAUUUAUCAUUCAUCUUUAACAGAAAAAGAAAUACUGUCGAACUUGAAAUAAGACAAGAUGCAGUCUCUCAGCGAGGCAUUAGAAAAUAUGUCGGUCCUUUACUCGUCACAAUUCAAGAACUGGAUGGUACUUUUAAACAUAACCUUCAAAUAGAAGGGAACGUCGCGAAAGCUGAUUUAACUUGUCAUUCUAAGAGUCGUAGGAAUAAGAAAAAGAAGAUCCCAUUAUGUACAGGCGAAGAAGUGGAUAUGGAUUUAACAGCUAUGGACUCAGAUUCUCCCGUCCUUUGGAUUAGACUGGAUCCUGAUAUGACACUUAUACGCUCUUCUAAUAUCGAACAGCCAGAUUAUCAAUGGCAGUAUCAGUUACGGCAUGAAAGAGAUGUGACCGCUCAGUUCGAAGCAAUACUAGCCUUAGAAAGGUUUACGACACCUUCGACACGAAUGGCGUUGACUGAUACAAUUGAAAACGAUCAAACAUAUGUAAAAGUUAGAUGUGCUGCAGCUCACUGUUUGACUAAGGUUGCAAAUUGUAUGGUAACUAACUGGGCAGGACCUCCCGCUAUGUUGGCAAUAUUUCGAAAACUUUUCGGCUCUUUUUCCUGCCCGCACAUAAUCAAACAAAAUAACUUCACUAAUUUGCAGCAUUAUUUUCUUCAGAAAACUAUUCCAGUGGCAAUGGCUGGCUUAAGAAAUGCUCAUGGUAUUUGUCCACCUGAAGUUAUUAGGUUUCUUCUCGACUUAUUCAAGUAUAAUGAUAAUAGUAAAAACAAAUUUUCUGAUAAUUAUUACAGAGCAGCAUUGCUUGAAGCUCUUGGCGAGACUAUAACACCAGUUAUAUCUGUCGUACAUCACGGAACUGAAAUAACUGCUGAAUCUCUAUCGACGGAUACUAAAUUAGUCUUGGAAGAAAUAACAAGGAGCCUAAAUAUGGAAAAGUUGCUGCCAUGUUAUAAAUUAACAGUUACGGUUGCUUGUCUGAAAUCUAUUCGGAAGUUGCAGAAGUUUGGUCAUUUACCGAGCACACCACAUUUGUUUAAAACAUAUGCUGCUUAUGGUCAAUUUAUAGAUGUGCGAUUAUGUGCGCUUGAAGCAUUGGUGGAUUAUACAGUUGUCGAUGGACAGUGGUCAGAUUUGGAAUAUUUAUUGGACACAGCAGAAGAGGACCCGGAUCCAGGAGUACGAUUCGCACUAAUUCGUAUGCUUUCGGAAAAUCCUCCAUUCCAACGUCAAGCUAUCAAGCACCAACUCGACAAAGAGGAACUUGUUCAUAGGCUGUGGAAGCUGUUCAAUUGCAUGCUUUCGCAUGAUACCAGAAUGAGGUGCAGCUUUGUCGAUCUGUAUUAUACACUUUAUGGCAAGAAAAGACCGUUAUGUCUCCCAUCUUCAGAAAGUUCCUUUACUCAAAGAAUUAAAACCAGCCCACCGUUUGAGGCAAAAGAUUAUUCUUCUAUAAUCAGUAGCAUGGGUAGUUUUAAACGUAAAACAUCGCCUACGAUUAAAGAGGAAGUGGUCACAGAUGAUCUGGGAGUCGUUACCGUGGAAGUUGUUGCUAAAGAAGAAAAUAAAAAAAUGAAGAUGGAUAAAGGAGGACAUUUAAAGUCAGAAUAUUUUUCCGACAAUUCUGCUUCCUUGCCUGGCAUCGGGGGUUCUGUUGGACCUACUGGCUUUGAACCUGGAAUGUUUAAAAAGGAGGAAUCUGUCAAAUCUGAAGGUUCAACAAAAAGUAAAAAGAAAAAGAAAGACAAGAAGAAACAUAAACACAAACAUAAACAUAAGCACGAUCAUAAACAUAGCAAAGAUAGGGAUAAAGAUAAAGAGAAAAGUAAGGAUAAGGACAAAGAUAAGGAUAAAGACAAAGAUAAGGAUAAAGAAAAGGAUAAAGAUAAAGAAAAGGAUAAAGAUAAAGAAAAAGAAAAGGAAAAAUCCAAAAUUAAAGUUAAAGAGGAAACGCUCAGUUCCGACAGUUCCUCCCCUAGUCCUGGACCAUCCACUUUAGACAUGUUUCAUUAUUAAGAGAGCAAAAUAAAAAAAAGACUGUACAUACAAAAACUAUUUGUUUUGUUUAAAAAAUUGUUAUUUAUAUUCAAUAAAUGGAUUUUAUGAUUUUUUUUUCUUAGAUUUUAUAAAGAUGUUUUGUAUUUUAAAAUAUUGAACAAAGGACCUAUUUUUGUUAAAUAAAAGCAUAUACUCAUAA